CGCUGAGAGGAAAACCAGCCGGAGGAGCUGAAGGAUGGAAAGCCACUGCUGAGAGUUGGGACGCACUACCCGUCGCUACAAACACAGCUGCUACUGAUACACCAGCCCAUAAUUAAUCUGAACCCUUUAAACCCUGCCGAGCGGGACGAGAGGAGUGGAACUAAAAGAGCGCAGUUUGGUCUCGUCGCUGCGAGGAAAUCUGUGGCAUAUUUGCUCGAAUUUCCUUCCUUUCUGCCCUCUUGCUUUGGAAUACCACAGGUAGACACUCAUGGAUAGCCUCGGUGUUUGGGCCAUGGCCGCGCUGCUGGGAACCUCAGGGUGCUGGCUGGCUGAAGGGCACAAGAGCAGCAGGCGAGGCAGCGUUGAUACAGCCACAAUGUCACGUACCUCCUCCCAGGAACCUCACUCCAUGGAGAAGGGGAAAGCAGACGGGAACAUCGAUCAAUCCCUUUCUGACCCAGACGGAGGCCCCUGUCGUAUGACUUACUGUGGACGGGGUCGACAGUGUGUGCUGAUGGCAGAAACCGGCCGUGCUGAGUGCGUUUGCCAGGAAAAAUGCCGGCCCUCCUUUGUGCCAGUGUGCGGCUCAGACGGCAGGUUCUACGAGAACCACUGCGAGGUUUAUCGCACCGCCUGCCUGGAGAGGAGAAGGAUCUACGUGGUGCACAGCAAGGACUGCUUCUUCAAAGGCAAUGCAUGCACCAUGUCAGAGUACAACAGGCUGAAGAGCAUGCUGCUGGAUAUGCAACCGAAAGUGCUGAAAACUGGAGAAAAGAGCCAGCAAAGAGAUAUGGAGCAGAAGAGAGCACUGGUGGACACCAUGUUCAAAUACCUGGAUGUGGACCAAGAUGGCCGGCUGGUCAGUGAUGAGCUGGAAAAGAUCUCCAUGAAGGAGCACCUGGAGGACAGCCUGCUGGAGUGCACCAUGCAGGACCUUCUGCGCUACGAUGACUACAACAACGAUGGACACCUCAGCCUGCAUGAGUUCUACACAGCUUUCCAGGUUGUCCAGCUGAGCCUGGCGGAGGACCAGUGGAUCAGCGUCUCAACAGUAACAGUGGGCCUUAGUGCCGUCCUUACCUGUGCCAUCCAGGGGACUCUGCGUCCGCCAAUCAUCUGGAAGAGGAAUGGCAUCAUACUGAACUUCUUGGACCUGGAGGAUAUCAACGACUUUGGGGAUGAUGGCUCCCUGUACAUCACUAAGGUGACAACCAUCCACAUGGGGAACUACAGUUGCCAUGCCUACGGCUAUGAAGACCUCUAUCAGACACAUGUGCUGCAGGUGAAUGUCCCUCCAGUGAUCCUGGUGUACCCAGAGACGCAGGCCCAGGAGCCCGGCGUAUCUGCCAGCCUCCACUGCCACGCCGACGGCAUCCCAAAUCCCAAACUCCUCUGGCUGAAGAACGGCAUGGACCUGCUGCCCAGAUCCUCCACACAGCUCUCUCUCAUAGCAAAUGGGAGCGAGCUCUUCAUUGGCAGCGUCCGAUACGAGGACACCGGAGCCUACACAUGCAUCGCCAAGAACGAGGUGGGAGUGGACGAGGAUAUCUCCUCUCUGUUUGUUGAAGACUCGGCCAAGAAGACCCUUGCAAACAUUCUGUGGAGAGAAGAAGGGUUGAGUGUGGGGAAUAUGUUCUACGUGUUUUCUGACGAGGGCAUCACUGUCCUUCAGCCCAGUGAAUGUGAGAUACGCAGACACAUGAAGCGGACAGAGAGGAUUGUUGCUACCUAUGAGGAGAUGUGCCCUAAAGGUGAAGGGGUGUCACCUCAGCACUGCGUGUGGUCCUCAGCAGUCAACAUCAGAGAUAAGUACAUCUACGUGACCCAGCCCCUCCUGAGCCGACUGCUGAUUGUCGAUGUACAAGCCCAGAAGGUGGUGCAGGCAGUAACGACUGAUUCUUUUCCAGUGAAGAUGCUCUAUGACAAGUCACAUGACCAGGUGUGGGUCCUAACAUGGGGGGAUAUGGACAGAACACACCCAACACUUCAGGUAAUUCCUCAAGCCAGUGUGGGGGAAGUCCAUCAUGCCAUUCGUACAACGUUCCAGAGGGUCAGCGACUUCUUCAUUCCUCCAACCAACCUCAUCAUCACCCACGUGAGGUUUGCCUUUGUCUUCCUCAAAAACGAACCUGCGGUACACAAGAUUGACCUGGAGACCUUCCACCGUGUCAAGACCAUCAGCCUGAAGAACUUCAGCUGCGUACCGGUCAGCAUGGCCUACACACACCUGAGCGGCUUCUACUUCGUCCAGUGCCAGAGCAAGAGCCACCUGCAAGCCCCGCCCCAGCUCCUCAUCGACAGCGUGACGGACGCAGUGAUCGGUCCGAACCUGAACAUCACAGGGCAGCCGUUUGUGUCGCCGGACGGCCGCUACAUUGUGACACCUGACCCGCAGAGCUCGAAGCUGAGAGUACAGACCGUGACCUUCAAGGGGGAGCUGGGUCUGAACCAGGAACUGGACGAGCCUGUAGCUGUCUCUGAUCUGGCUUUCCAGCCUUCCUUCACGGAGUCCAACCAGCAUGUGGUUGUCGCCACCUCAGGCUCAGGCACGGACCUGCUGUUUGCCGAUCUGUCCUCGGGCCGCACUGAGGUUCUCCGGAGCCUCAAGGAGCCCCUGUCCCCCAAAGCCUGGCCCUGGGGAGGCCCCAACAGAGUAGUGGUCUCCAGCGGUUUGUUCGGACAGUACCUGGUGACACCGUCAGCCGAGUCCCUCUUUGUCCUGAAUGGCAAACAGAGAACGCCGCACUGCGAGGUGUCUGACAUCAAGAGAGGGAACACAGUUGUCUGGGUCGGCGAGGUAUGAGUAAAACAGAGAGAGAGAAAAGAAAGCCGUAGGAUUAGGGACAGACGUAAAUGAAAAAAAAAGGAGAGAUCAGGCCAAAUGACCUAUUAUAAAGAUUUAUGUGAACAUAAGUUGUGGA